CAAAGAAAGGCCGAAGAACCCUUGAGCUAACUGAAGAAAUUGUUGAAUAAGCGUCGAAAAUUACUGCGAGAUGGAUACUGCUCUUAUACAUACUCCUUUGAUGUGCGUCUCUCCCACAAAUUUCUGCAAAAGUUACAAAAAAGUGCUGCUCAACUGCAACUUCUUCAGCAGUGCUGCUUCUUCUUUCAGGUGUCGUUGUAUAAAAAAUGAAAACACCUCAGAAUCCCAAGAGGGUUUCUCAGUUCUCAGAAAAGAUAUUCAUGCUGAUACUGGAAGUGUAUGGAGCUCUAUGGGUUUUUACAUGUUUAGCCUCCACAUUCCUUUGAGUUAUGGUGGCCUGUCUGCAGCUGCCAGGAUAUUGCAUCAACCUGUUCUUAAUCCACAGAUGGAGGCAUUCUUAAUACUUGGGAUUCAAUCCUUGGAGCUUGGCAUCGUUCUGCUACUUCUUCAGUAUCCUGGGAAGCCUCAAUAUGAUCUCCAAGAUUUCUUUCGGGAUGACGAAAUGCGAAACCAGAGGAGCUGGUUGCUGGCGUCAGUCCUUGGUUUCGGAUUCCUUCUUUCGUUGAUUUUCAUUACUUCAUAUAUUGCAGACGGACUGAUGGGACACAAGGAUGUGAACAAUCCCUUUCUCAAAGAAAUUCUUUCUAGUGGCUCAAGCUCUAUAACAGCCUGCAUUCUCGUCUAUUGCAUUAUCACACCAUUGCUGGAAGAAGUUGUGUACCGAGGCUUUUUUCUAACAUCUCUUGCCUCCAAAAUGAAAUGGCAGCAAGCAGUUACAGUCAGUUCAAUUGUUUUCAGCGCAGCUCACUUCUCUGCACUCUUGGCAUCCUCUACAUCAUCGACAUUGCUAUUAACUGAAAAUGACUCUGAACUAAUGCACCAUGCCGGUACAAGAUGGUUUCCAGCAACAUAGUGUUGCAGUCACAUUUGAUUGUAUCUGCAAAACGUUGGAUAGACUAGGAAGGUCUAAGAAGUGGGAACGCAAUAGGAAGCAGAUUAUUGAUGUUGGUCAUGUUUUGAGGUCUCUCAUCGGUCGCGAACUUGGUAUAAACUAGUGAAACAUGACCAUGUAAAGCCCAAAUUCCGCUGUCAUCUUGUAUUAUGCUAUUCUGUAAUAUCGGAUUCAAACAGUUUUUUCUGUUUCUUAUUGACACCAAAUGUACAUCCUGGCUCCUGCUAACGGCCGGUCUUGUAGAAGCAGAAUAAAGUACUAAGUUCCACUGCAUUGUGUGCCACCCAUGUUGCUUGCAUGUAAUACACAUACUCUUGGUGGCUUCAAAUUUCAACAGCCCUUUCCU